AUCGUGGCGGAGCUCCAGGCGCCGGGGCAGGGGCAGGAGAGAGCCAUGGCGGCGGCAUCCGGUCUCCGCGCCGCGGCGAGGUGAGGGGCCGCCUCUUCACGACUGAGGAGGCCACAGCUGCCCGCCUGCCUUCCACGCGGGCCGGGGCUCCGGCAUGGCCGGGAUCAUUAAGAAGCAGAUCCUGAAGCACCUGUCCCGGUUCACCAAGAAUCUUUCCCCGGACAAAAUCAAUUUGAGCACCCUGAAAGGGGAGGGUCAGCUGACCAACCUGGAGCUGGAUGAAGAGGUUCUACAGAAUGUGCUGGAGCUGCCCACCUGGUUAGCCAUUACUCGGGUCUACUGCAACAGGGCCUCCAUUCGGAUCCAGUGGACAAAGUUGAAGACACAUCCCAUUUGCUUGUGUCUGGAUAAGGUAGAGGUGGAGAUGAAAACAUGUGAGGAGCCUCGGCCCCCAAAUGGACAGUCUCCCAUUGCCCUCGCUUCAGGACAAAGUGAGUAUGGCUUUGCCGAGAAGGUGGUGGAGGGGAUGUUCAUCAUCGUCAAUUCCAUCACCAUCAAGAUUCACUCCAAGGCUUUCCACGCUUCUUUUGAAUUGUGGCAGCUCCAGGGCUACAGCGUCAACCCCAACUGGCAGCAGAGUGACCUCCGCCUCACCCGCAUCACUGACCCCCACCGAGGAGAGGUUUUAACAUUUAAGGAAAUAACUUGGCAAACACUUCGAAUUGAGGCAGAUGCUACAGACAGUGGUGAUCAGGAGCCAGUCACCACUCCACUGAGGCUUAUUACCAACCAAGGCAGGAUCCAAAUAGCCCUCAAGAGAAGAACCAAAGAUUGCAAUGUGGUAGCCUCCAAGCUGAUGUUCCUGUUGGAUGACCUGCUCUGGGUGCUAACUGACUCGCAGCUCAAGGCUAUGAUGAAGUAUGCAGAGUCACUGAGUGAGGCAAUGGAGAAGUCAGCCCAGCAGAGAAAGAGCCUGGCCCCUGAGCCUGCACAGAUCACCCCACCUGCUCCCAGUGCCCAGCAGUCCUGGGCCCAGGCGUUCGGGGGCGGCCAGGGCAGCAGCAGCAGCGGUCGCCUCAGCCAGUACUUUGAGAGAUUUGAUGUGAAGGAGUCCUCCUACCAUCUGCUCAUCUCCCGCCUGGACCUGCACAUUUGCGAUGAUAGCCAGUCCCGAGAGCCAGGUGUCUCGGCAAACAGACUCAUGGGUGGUGCGAUGCAGCUUACUUUCCGCAAGAUGGCAUUUGACUAUUACCCCUUCCACUGGGCAGGUGACAGCUGCAAACAUUGGGUACGGCACUGUGAGGCCAUGGAGACACGAGGCCAGUGGGCCCAGAAGCUGGUGAUGGAAUUUCAGAGUAAAAUGGAGAAGUGGCAUGAAGAGACAGGUCUCAAACCACCCUGGCACCUGGGGGUAGAUUCUCCCUUCAGGAGGAAAGCAGAUUCUCUCUCCAGUCCUCGAAAGAACCCCAUUGAGAGAAGCCCCUCUCAGGGCCGACAGGCUGCCUUUCGGCCUCCAGCGUGGAAUCGCUUGCGCUCUAGUUGCCUGGUAAUACGGGUGGAUGACUUGGACAUCCACCAGGUUUCUACGGCUGGACAGCCAAGUAAGAAGCCAUCUACACUUCUUUCCUGCAGUCGGAAGCUUCAUAAUCUUCCCACUCAGGUCUCUGCCAUUCAUAUCGAGUUCACAGAGUAUUACUUCCCCGAUAAUCAGGAGCUUCCAGUUCCCUGUCCCAAUCUCUACAUUCAGUUAAAUGGCCUGACGUUUACUAUGGAUCCUGUCAGCUUGCUCUGGGGAAACCUCUUCUGCCUGGAUUUAUACCGCAGUUUGGAGCAGUUCAAAGCUAUCUACAAGCUGGAAGAUUCGAGCCAGAAAGAUGAACACUUGGAUAUCCGACUGGAUGCCUUCUGGUUGAAGGUUAGCUUCCCACUGGAGAAGAGAGAGCAGGCUGGGUUGCAUCGUCCUCAGGCCCUCAUCUUUUCUGCGUCGGGCGUGACUGCCACCAAUACACGUCAUGCCCCACAUUGUAGUUGUCCAGACCUCCAAAGUCUCUUCCGAGGUUUUGCGGCUGCUGAGUUCUUUCAUUCCAAUUAUGUUCACUUUCCCAAGGUUCCAGGUGGCUUUAGCCUUCUGCACAUGCUUUUUUUACAUCAUGCUUUCCAGAUGGAUUCCCGCCUCCCUCAACCCAGUGCCCUCCCUCCCCAGAGGCUUAAGGCUUCCCAGGAUCUGUGGUCCAUCCACUUCACCCAGAUCUCCUUGGACUUUGAGGGAACAGAGAACUUCAAAGGCCAUACCUUGAAUUUUGUGGCCCCCUUCCCCUUGUCCAUUUGGGCCUGCCUACCCCUCCGCUGGCAGCAGGCUCAGGCACAGAAGCUCCUUUUGGCCACAGAAGGGAGGCUGAAACCGUCCGCUAGCUUUGGCAGUCCUGUCCAUUCUGAGGCCCUUGCCCCUGAUGCUGUGCCCCAUCAGAGGUCAAAGACUGAGCAUGAUUUGAAAAGCCUGUCAGGCCUUACAGAAGUCAUGGAUGUUUUGAGAGAAGGCAGCAGUAGUGUGGACAGCAAAGGGCCUCUGACUGAGCUUGAGGAUGCAGCAGAUGUUCACAUGCUUGUACACUCCCCUGCACAUGUCUGCGUGAGGCUUGACCAUUACCAAUACUUGGCUCUGCUCCGCCUGAAGGAGGUGCUACAGGGUCUUCAAGAACAACUGACUAAGGACACAGAGGCCAUGACUGGCUCUCCUCUGCAGGACCAGACAGCUUGCAUUGGGGUCCUCUUCCCCAGCGCCGAGGUGGCUCUGCUCAUGCAUCCUGCCCCAGCGGCUGUUGAAGCUGACUCUGCAGGUUCAGAUACCACCAGCCUCAUCGAUUCAGAGCUGUCUCCUUCAGAGGAUAGGGAGCUGAAGUCUGAUGCCUCCUCAGAGCAGGGCCCAGCAAGCCCUGAGAAGGUUCUGGGGGACAGUGGCGUUGAAAAUCUGGAUGCAUCCCAGGAUAGGCCAGUGCCUCUCCAUAGUAAUGGAGAACUACAGGAUUCAGAUCCUCUUGCGCAGCAGGAGGUAGGGAAGGGCCAUGAGGCAGUGGAUUUCUUACAGGCCAAGAGACUGAGCAGAACCCAGGCGUCCACCUCACCAGCUGUGUUGAAGCCCCCAGGUGGCAGGGAUACCGCUGUGAAUGGACAGGCUGAGAUCAUUCCCUUGAAGAACAUUGAGGGAGAAUUGUCAAGUGCUAUUCACAUGACCAAGGAUGCCACAAAGGAGGCUCUGCAUGCCACUGUGGACCUCACCAAGGAAGCUGUGUCUCUGACUAAGGAUGCCUUCAGUCUGGGCAGAGACCGAAUGACCUCCACCAUGCACAAGAUGUUGUCCCUGCCCCCAGCCAAGGAACCCAUGGCCAAAAUAGAUGAGGGGGUGGCAGCACCACUGAGUGGCGGGGCUGCCCGACUCCGACUUUUCUCCAUGAAGAGGACAGUAUCUCAGCAGUCAUUUGAUGGCGUUUCAUUGGAUAACAGUGGCCCUGAAGACCGGAUUUCCGUGGACAGUGAUGGCAGUGAUAGCUUUGUGACGCUCUUGGAGUCUGAGUCUGGUCCAGAAUCUCUUCCACCAGGAACUCUUCCAAAUGUCUUGGACAGUGCUGGUGUCCAGGCGAGCCCUGUUGUGGAUAGUUACGGCCAGGGGUCACCAGAGGCCAACAGUUCGGUCUCACCCAUUGGGGAAGACCUCGGCCUUCACCUGGUCUCCAUUCUGGUCCUGAAGGUGAAUGAGGUAUCUUUGGGGAUCGAGGUACGUGGUGAGGACCUGGCUGUAGCCCUGCAGGCAGAGGAACUGAGUGUCCAACAGCUGGGUACCGUGGGACUCUGGCAGUUCCUGCACGGACAGUGCUCAGGUACAAGCUUUCAGGAAUCCUCAGCUUUGAAGAAUGACCACAUCAGGCCAUCUGUGGGCCUUCGGUUUGAGGUGGGGCCUGGUGCAGCUGUUCAUUCCCCACUGGCCACACAAAAUGGCUUCCUGCAUUUCUUGCUUCGAGGCUGUGACCUUGAGCUCUUCACUUCGGUGCUCAAUGGCCUGGGGCCCUUCUUGGAGGAUGAGGAGAUCCCAGUGGUAGUUCCCAUGCAGAUUGAGUUCCUGCACUCUAGGAUCACCCUAAAGGAUGAUACCCCCCCCAUCUAUCCAACAUCUCCAGGCCCUAUCCCCAUCACUCUGGCCAUGGAGCAUGUUGUGCUGAAGCGGGGUGACGAUGGUGUGUUCCACAUAGGCGCUGCUGCUCAAGACAGACCAUCAGCUGAAGGACCUAAAAGUGAGAAGAGGCAGCCACCCAAAGAACAGAUGUUUCUGGUGCCCACAGAAGAAGCUUUUGGACAGCAGGUGAAAGAAUUGCGUACCCUACAAAAGGAACUUAUAGAAACUAAACAAGCAUUGGCCGAUGCCAACCAGGAGAAAGAAAGACUGCUUCAGGAGAUUAGGAAAUAUAACCCCCUCUUUGAGCUCUGAUAGCAGUGGCUCAGCCAUCUUACCAAGGAGAGAGGAGAUCACCAGCAAUAGCACCACCUGUGACAGAAGGCACCAGCCAGCAUUGAAGAAGUCUGCUGAGGAUGCCAGAGGGCCUGGGGAGUGGUCAGCCCACUCGUUGGGGUGUCCUUUCUACCAGCUGUUCUGACUUGUGUGGAAGACAGGGCAAAGCACGGCCACGUUCUAGGAAAUUGGGGGCAGCUUUGCGUGUGGCUCAAGCAUCAUGUCUUGCCUAUAUAAAGCCUUUUGGCUCUCUGCACACUAGGUGGAAUCUUGUCGACACUGUAGGGCCAUUUCACCACUUGGUUUCAUGGCAAGAGACAUUUGCUUUCUCUACAACCUGUGCGAACAAAAGUACCCACCUCCUCAGUCACCCACAGAGCCACCAAAGAUUCUACGUCCCAGAGCUUCCUGUAGCAGACCUGAAAAGUCCUCGGCCUGAGCGUUGGCCAUGGUAGUAGAGUGGAACAGGAAAUAGUCAGCGAGGCGGGAGCCAGCAGAGGCACAAGAGUAAGGGAGACCUGGAUGCUGCCUUUUUUUGGAAAGGGAGCCAAGCUCAUACCAUCUUGGCUGAUACUACAAUCAGAUUUUUCAGGGUUAAGGUUCUUUUCUGUUAUACUUUCAUCAUUGUGAUGCUGUGGUAGAAAGUAAACAGUAGUGGCUCAGUUGUAUCUUUCCCUUCUAUGACAUUAUUUGAAAUUUAAAUCAAUAUUCACUGAGCUAGGCUGAAGGUAUGAUGUGGUAAGAAUCACUAGGGGAGCCAGUGCUGAGCCCACUGUUGCCUGCCUGGAGUCCUGCCUGCCUUCCACAGCUGCGCUUCAGGACUGAUUCCUCUGUCUCCCCGGGCUCCUGGCACAUCUGCUCUCCCAGCACUGGGACUUUCUUCCAGCACUCUCCUUUGCACUUGGUGGUUUGGGAGCUGAAAAUGUGUUUUAAACUGUAACGUAAACAUCUCAACUUGUUGCCUCUCAUACUCCUCUAUCACUGUGGCUUUUUAAAAUCAUAUAAUUUUGACUUAAGUAAAAAACAAAACAAAAACCUUUCAACCCAGCUAGGCUUUUCCCCUUGCCCCAUGAAAGAACGAUUUUCCCCCUCUUUCUUUCCUACCUAAUUCUUCCUCAACAUUCUACCUUCAUCCAUACUGCUCUGUAAUAUACUUCAAGCUGUGUUGAUUGGACAGAAGUUCAUCCGCUAACUCACCUGGAAUUGGCAAGAUGGUGAAAUUAGUGAUUUACUGGUGUCACUGAAGUCUUAAUCACACAUGACAUAUUGGAGGAAAGAUAAAUGUUUUCCUUUAUGGGAAAUCAUGCCUGACCUGCAUAUUCUAGUUUUUUUGAGGAUAAAAAGAAACAUGCAUUCAAGAAACAAGAUAUAAUUUGUUCAGACUUCUAAAGAACUUUUGUCAAGGUUCUUCACUUAAAGCAACUUUAAAAACACCAGUUACUAUGAGAUACGGGAAUACUUUGUCAUGCUUAGGAAACAACUUAGAGACUUAAGAAUAAACAUCUUUUUGGAGAUAAUGCUAACAGGGGAAGUUUCCUAUGGGUGGGUGGAUGCUUGGUUUAACCUUACUUAGGAUUUUUAUAAAUUACCUGGAAGUAGGAAAUUAUAAUGCAGUCA